AUGGCUCCAGGCGACAAGAACGCAGGUCGUGACGAAGCUGCAUACCGACUUAACCUCGGGGAAUCCCAGGCCGAAGCUCUGAGAAAACAGGGUGUAAGGUCAGGAGAGAAGCGUGGAAAGUCCUACGAACCCAGUUCUCUCAGGUUGCCAAAUCCGCAUGAAGAGGACCAGCUGGAAAAGGCGGCAACCGCAGAUAGCAGGGGUUGA